AGUACCACACUUAACACGGAGACCACCACCACGGGCACAACGUCCACGGCCACAACCUCCUCGACCACAAGCCCCGCGACGACGACGACGACGGCGACGACGGCGACGACCGGGACCGAUACCACGGCGACUACAGGCACCACAGGCACCACCACCGCCACCACCACAUCCUCCUCUACCACAUCGACGCUCCCCACCACCACUACCUCCUUGUCUACCAUCACCUCCGCGUCUUUGGCUACAACCACCAACAGCAAUGGCCAAGUCGUCACUCAAACUGUUGUCACGACCUUCACCAGUUCCUCGACGGGGACCAGUCCCACCCAGAGCUCGGCCGAUUCUCACAGCAACUCCAAAGGCUUCUUCAGCAACACUGGCGCGGUCGCCGGUGUUUUCACCGUCGUCGGUCUCGUCGCGCUCAUCAUCCUCAUUGCAUUCGCCACCAAUGCCGUCCGUCGCCGUCGCGCGAAGAAGCUCGACCGCGAGAUCGCAGAGGCCGCAGCCGAGGCAGCUCACGCCCCUGGCUUCAACGACGAUGACUACUACCCCGACGACCGCCGCCCGCCCCCGGCGGAGAUGCGCUCCAUGACCACCGGGUACUCGGACACCACCCACGGCACGUACGCUCAGCCUCCGAUGAGCUACUCGGGCGAGAGCUACAAUAUGGCCGACAUGUCCCAGUACGAUUACGGCCCUGCAGCCUCCGCCGCUGGCGUGGGCGCGGCGGGCGCGGCGGGCAUUGGCGCCAUGGGCCUCAACCGCGCGAAAAGCACCACGCAGCCAUACAACGCUUUUGCGGGCCCGAACCCCUACGAGGACCCGAACGGACCCGCGGCGUACGCAAACGCAGCCCCAGGCUUCCGUGGUCAAGGCGGCAACGGGACUGAUCUCGACAUCCUCCACGCUGCCGGACUUGGCGGAGGUGCCGCCGCGGGCUACGCCGCCGCACACCAGCAGUACGGCCAGAGCGCCCACGGCGGCGCACUUGGACGCAACCCCAGCCUCGGGCCCUCGCAGGCGACAUCGUCUUCCGAGUACUCGCAGCCAUUGUACAACCCAUACGGUCCCGCGUCGCCCCCGCCGCAAGCGAACGUGAACGCGAACUACAACCCGUUCGCGAACCCGCAGGGAUACCCGACCCCGUCCGCGUCGCCGCCAACGAGCUACCCCCACGCCCCGUCGUCUCCGCCCACUGACGAUCCCUACGGCGGUUAUGAAGAUGCCAGCCCGCCGACACACGCGCACGACAAGGCGCCGUCGCCUCAGCCUGAGCGGCUGCUUGGUGGGAACUUUGCUAGUCCACCUGCGAGCUCGGAGGGCCACGGAUAUGUGGAGGAUGACGAUAGAUAUGAGCCGAGGAGGGUGCUGAAGGUG